GAAUAAUGAAUAUCGUGGAACUCGACUGAGGGGUAGCUGUGGAUGGAGGCUAAGGUGGUGGCGGGGAGAACUACGUCGCCAGACGUUUCAAAGCUACCCCGACGGAGAGACACACCGGGACGUCCCUGCAUAUCGGGAGCCCAUCGGUCUAUACUCGGUAGAGGACUCGGCUGAAAAGGUGGAGGGCCCGGGGACCCAAGGAGCCAAGGAGUCGUCGAACGACUCGAGGGAAGAGGACAGCAGUGCUAACGAUAUAACAUCCACACUGAGUGGUCUGCUGGCCGGACUUCCGGCAUUGCCGGGGCCCCAACGUCUUGCCACAUCCUUAAGGCAGAGGUUUUCCUCAAAUUCCGGUUAUCCCCGGCCCGGCCUGAUGUGCUCAGCAAUCGAGAGCUCCGCGGAUUCAUUUCCGUCGACAGUGUUAUAAUUUAUUAAAACCCAAAUAUAUAAAACAAGGACAUUGAUCAUCAGUUUCAGUGUGACAAGUUUUAAAUCUGUUAAAAUGUCGUCAUUUAAAAUACCAGUGAUUAACUUAGAAGUGGGUGAGGUGAAGGACAUCGUGUGGGAGAAACUUCAGGAACCUAAAUCGCAACGGACUCUGGUUCUUAUAAUAGUAUCGAUAGCAUUACUUCUUGAUAACAUGCUGUACAUGGUAAUAGUGCCCAUAAUACCCGAUUAUCUAAAGUACAUUGGGGCCUUUGAUGAUGAGCCGUUACCACCGAAUACAACCGCUGGCCCGCCGAGUCAUCACGGGCAGGAUUCAGCAACUGGCCUUCUCUUUGCAUCGAAAGCUAUUGUCCAAUUGAUGGUCAAUCCAUUCUCAGGGGCGCUUAUUGAUCGCAUUGGCUACGAUAUUCCAAUGAUGAUUGGUCUCUGUAUAAUGUUCCUCUCAACCGCGGUCUUUGCAUGUGGACGCAGUUACGGCGUACUAUUUUUCGCCCGUAGUUUGCAAGGCGUUGGUUCAGCAUUUGCUGAUACAUCAGGACUUGCUAUGAUUGCUGAUCGGUUUACUGAAGAAAAUGAACGAUCAAAAGCACUGGGUAUAGCUUUGGCAUUCAUUAGUUUUGGGUGUCUAGUAGCACCGCCAUUUGGUGGUGCUUUGUAUCAAUUUGCCGGAAAGGAAAUGCCGUUUUUGAUUCUGGCAUUUGUAUCGCUAGCUGAUGGAUUCAUGCUGCUGCUGGUGAUGAAGCCGUUGAGAGAACAACUUAAAGAAAGUCAUAAUCGUCAGCAAACUGCCACUGUACCAAUAUGGCGGCUAUUUAUGGAUCCUUACAUCGCAGUGUGUGCAGGAGCAUUGAUGAUGUCCAACGUGGCGUUAGCGUUUCUUGAACCGACAAUUUCAUUGUGGAUGGAAGAUCACAUUACUAAGGACAAUUGGAAGAUGGGAAUGAUUUGGCUGCCAGCUUUCUUCCCUCACGUAUUCGGUGUUGUCUUGACCGUUAAAUUAGCUAAGCAAUACCCACAGCACCAAUGGCUUAUGGCAGCUGGUGGUCUCGCUCUAGAAGGCUUAUGCUGUUUUAUCAUACCUUUCUCAACCUCGUACAAGUUUCUGAUGAUCCCCAUUUGCGGAAUAUGUUUCGGAAUAGCGCUUAUAGACACUGCAUUGCUACCGACACUAGGAUAUCUGGUAGACGUACGCUACGUAUCAGUUUACGGAAGUAUUUACGCAAUCGCUGACAUAUCUUACAGCUUGGCUUAUGCCGUGGGACCGAUUAUCGCAGGUGGUGUAGUCGAAGCCAUUGGUUUCACGGCUCUUAAUAUCGGAAUCGCCUUCUCAAAUCUCAUGUACGCACCGGUAUUGUAUUACCUCAGACAUAUCUACGAUUUCAAGCCAUUCCAAGACGAGGCCAAUGUUCUGAUGCAAGAUCCACCUGACAAAGAGUACCAGACCUAUGUGCUACAGGAACAACGACCCAUCAGCGGAGAUGUGGGCAAUCAUUUAGCACAGCAGCGAAUGGAAACUGAUGUUGAUCAGGAUGUUGGCUAUCAAUCUGGUUAUCAACCAAAUUAUCAAACUGAUCAAUCAUACGCGCAGCAAUAUCAUCAGCCUAAUGCGCAUUACGAUCAGUAUGGAUCUGGACAUGGUCAAGAACAGGUACAGCAUGGUCAAGCUGUAGCAGGUCCUGGACAAGUACAGGGAUAUGGACAUGGUCAAGUUGCAUCAGGGCCAGGACAAGGACAAGGACAUGGUCAAAUAGGAUCAGCACAAAGUCAAUAUCAACAAAACUACACAGAAUCAACUCCCGCACAGGCAACUGAUGCUAAUCCAUUCAGAAGAGCUGAACCAGAACCUAGACAAGAUGCUAAUCCUUUUAGACAAGGAAUGUUCUAAAUAGCUAAACAUUAUUUUUUUUUAAUCUGUCUUCAUAGGUAGGCUUCCAUGGUUUUGAUUAUUAUGAUGGAGUGUACAAGUGCUGUGAUUUUAUUUUGUGUCGUGAUUGUGGUUACGUUUAUUGUGUUUAUUAUUAAAAAAAAAGUUCCACAUGCUCCCAGUCAGCAAGGGAACCUGGAACUUUUAUUUUCACAGCAAACUUCCCCUCGGAAACGGGGGGAUUUUUAAAAUCGUUGCUGAACCAGGAUAACAUAUCAGGUGCCCGAUAUUUACCAGCUUGCGUUAAUAUUCGGGCGCCCAAUCGUAGCAAGUAAGUCGUUGAUAGGGUUAAUAUUAUUGAUAGGGAUUUAUUGAUAAGAUUUAAUUAUUAACAGAAUAAUUAAUAUUUUGGAUGGAUUGGAGGUACUGAAUCUGAAUCGUUAUAUAUCGAAUUUGGAUUUUUGACUUCCGUAGGUCGGGUGCGUGCUAAUAUUAUAUUGCUUUUUGAUUAAUCAUAUUAAUCAUUAAUCAAUUGUAGGAUUAAUGAAAAUUUUUUUUAAUUAAUUAGAAAUUUUGGUUAUCGUUAAAAUAUUUUAAGCUUCCAAAAAAAAAAUUUUUUUAAAUUAUGGUUAUUUUCAUUAUUCAUAAGGGGAUUAGACAUUUUUUUGAGAAAAAAAAAAUUGUCGUGAUUAAUCCUCACCUACUCGUCAAUACUCGUAGGCGUUGCGAGUCGCAGAAAAUAUUAUUAACUAAUUAAUUAAUAAUAAAUAACAAUUAAUGUUAAUAAUAAUAAUAAUAAUAAUAAUAAUAAUAAUAAUAAUAGUAAUAAUAAUAAAAAUAAUAAUAAAUAUAAGUGUAUGUUGAAUGCUCUGAUUUUGCAGUGCCUCGGAAAAUUAUUGAAUGAAUAUAAAAGAAUUUUUUUUUUUCGAAGAAAAUAAUAAUUAAUUAAUGAUUAAUAGAUUAAUUGUCUCCGUUGAAAUGAUUUCUUAGAGCUACGAUUAAAAAAAAAAUAAUACGUGCAGAAAAUUAUCUUUGUGUUGAAAAUAAUAAUAAUAAUGAAGUUUAUUUUUAUUUAGUAAUUAAUAAAUAAUUAAUUGAUAAGUACAUAUCGAAUUUUUUUAAUUGUUGAUUAAUAUAAAUUAAUUAUAGCAAUUAAUUAUGCAGAUAUGGUGGGGGAUGAGAAGAUGAAAAUAAUAAUAAUUAAAUAUUUUGAAAAUUAACUUUUGAAUUUUUUUGGUAUGGUGUAAAUAUUUAAGUAAUUAACAGAUACUUUGUAGUUACAACUGGAGUUAAUGAGAAAUCAGGUACAAGAGUUAAUUUUAUUGUAAUCGGAAUUUGAGGGAAAAUUUUGUAAUUUAAAAUGGAAAAAAAUUAUUGAUUUGAAUUUUUCAAAAUUUUGAAUUUAGUCAUAAAAAUUGAUUGGUAUUUUUUUAAAUUGAUAAAGUAAUGAAGCAGACACGGAAAUAAAAAUAAAAAUUCUAAAUUAUCGAAACAUUUUAGAAAUUUUUGUUUUUUUAAAUUGAAAUUUUUCUGUUGUUUAUUUUACACUAAUAAGGCUCUGGUUGUAUAAUUAAUUAAUUUCAUUAAAUAAAAAAAACAUUCGUGAAAAUUUAUAAUUUAUUGUUACUAUUAAUAUUAUUAAAAUAUUUCAUUGUAAUUUAUUUAUUUAUUAAUUAUUUAAAUUUAAAAUUCGCCUACAUUGUAACAUAUCGUAUAUAUAUAUAUAAUUAAUCAAUAAUAAUAAUAUAGAAAAAAAAAUAUAUAUAUAUAUAUGUAUAGCUGAAGGGUUGAUAAAAGGGAACCGUCUGCGCAAAAAAAGAUCACCCUAAAAUUUUGUUAAAAAAAUUUUUUUUCAAGAGUUUUUCAGUAGACUUAUGUGUUGUUGACCAUAAGAGAUACACACGCAGUCUUUUUCGCUAUAUUCAAAUAUGAUAUUUUAUUUUUCACCAUACAUGCGCCGAAAGUUUAAAUUCCUGCCCUGUUUAGAGGAAAGCAAGUCGUUCUUGUCUUAUAUGAAAAAACGAAUGCUAAUAAUUAGCGCAUGCGCUAUUCUUCCCACAGAGACAAAAAUUCAAACUUUCGGUGCAAGUCUGAUGAAAAAUCAUAUACCUAUCACGGUAGAAGGUAGGACGCCCCAAUCUGCGUGUUUGCCACCCUCGCCUUCGGCUCAGAUAGGUAAUUAUACACGUGGCUUACAUUGUUCUACUUUCCUCCCUUAGUGUGUAAUAAACUAUAUAUUUAAUCAUUUCGCGUCCCUAAGACCAAAAAGGCAUAUAAAUAUUAUAUGCCUUUUUGGCAUUCGAAUGCUUAAAAGGCAUAUAAUUUUUCUUUAAUUCACCUAUCGCUUCAGAGUGACAAAAUUGAUCAAAAAACAAAAAUUGAAAUAUUAAUGCCAAAAUGGCCUAUAACAGCAAGCAUAUGCCUUUUUGGCAUUAAUUUUAUUUUUAAUUUUUUAGCUAAUGCCAAAAUGGCGUAUAAAUAAAAAAUCAAUAAAAUCAAUGAAUUGGUUCAAUUAAAUAUUUAUUAACAAAAAAUGAAUGAAUUUAAUAUUUUAAUGAUUUUUUAUUUAUGCGCCUUUUUAGCAUUAACUAAAAAAUGAAAAAUAAAAUGAAUGCCAAAAAGGCAUAUGCUUACUGUUAUAGGCCAUUUUGGCAUUAAUAUUUAAAAUUUUGUUUUUUGAUCAAUUUCGUGAUUCUAAAGCGAUAAGUGGCUCAUAAAAAGUUUUCACCGAAAAAUCUGAAAAUUAUAAUCGUCAAGCUUCAAAAUGUUUUUUUUUUUUUUUUUUAAAUUUACGACACGACCAUUAUCCACAUAAAUACAGCUACUUAAAACUGACUGAAAAAUUUCGAAAUUUUUUUUCGACUUUAAUUUUUUCCCUUAGUAUAUUUAAAUUUGAAUUCACGGGCUUAACUUCAUGGUAAUAUACUUUUUUUUUUUAUAUGCCUUUUUGGCAUUAAUGAUCAUUGUGCCUAAAAGCAAAAAGGCUUAUGUAUAUUUAUAGGCCUUUUUGGUUUUAAUUUUUUUUUAUUAUCGAAAUAUUCAUUUCAAAUCAUUUCUAAGCGAUUGAGCAAAAAAAAAAAAUCGAUUUGCUUUUUUAGCUUUAUGGUAGAUCUAUAUACAGCAUAUGCCUUCUUGGCAUUAGGGACGCGAUUUGUUUUAUUGGCAUCUCUAUUAACUAAUAGUAUUUCAAAUCUCUGUUUUUACUUAAAUUAAAUAUAAAUAAUUUUAUUUUAAUCAUUUUGUUUAGGGGGUGGUCCGUUUUGCUCGCCCGGAAAAUAAAAAUGUUCUCUACAAUAGCGGAAAAGAAAAUUUCCGUAUUCAAAUGCACAAAAAUCCAUUAUUUUCUCAGCGGUCCCGUUUUACCCACCCUUCUUCUAUAUGUAUGCAUAUAUCAUAGAAAAAAUAUAUCUAUUAAUAUAUCAGUUGUAUAGAUCCAACUAAUAAAAUGCUAAUAAAUAUCACUAAUAAUAAAUAAUAUAAAAAAAAAAUAUAUAAUAAAAUAAAAAUAAAUAUUUUUAUUAAAUUUACGUUAAUUAUUUAAAUGAAUCAUUAUUUAUAAUAAUUAUGAUAAUAAUAAUAAUGAAUGAAGUCAUAAUUAAAGACAUGAAAUGCAGAAAGAUAAUUAGUAAAUUAAAAAAAAAAAUAUUAUAAACGAAUGAAAGUAUCGGAAAGUAAAAAAAAAGUAUAUAAAUAUAUAUAAUAUGUUGGGAGUGUUAGAUUUAAAUAUUGAAAUAAACUAAAUUUUUUUAUAAUUUGAUUUAUUUUAUUACGCAUUUUAAUAUCAGUGAAUAAAAUAAUUUACUCCAACAACAAGAAUAUUAUAAAAUAUUUUAGGAAUAAUGACUAAUCUGAGUUUAGAUAAAUAUUUAUAAAUAAAUGUUGGGUUAGUUGACAUGAAUAUUUUAUUCAAACAAAUAUAGGAAAAAGUGGGCCAAAAUAGACACCAUUUUUUAAGAAGUAAAAUAGAAUAUUGUGUGACAAGGGAUGAAAAAAAAUAAUUUCAAUCAAAGGUUGAUUGUGCGAAGGCUGACAUCACCCGAAGUCUAAAAUUGUCUUUUAUUUUGUGCCACGCACUAAAUUUUUUUAAAUUAUCUCCAUUUAUACUGAGACGUUUUCAUGUCCGGAGACAGUCGAAACAGGCUAAUUUUUUACCAAUAGCACAAAAAAGUGAUGCUGUAAUUCAAAUAUGCAAAUUUGAGUAACUUAAUAAAAAAAACAAAAAUGGCUUUUUAUAAAUUUGAUAAAUUUUUUUAUAGAAACUCAUGUUGUUUCUGUUAAUUUUUCAAAGACAACUGUCAGCUUGGUUGGUUAUUAGAAUGACAUAAAUAUUCAGAGGUUUACGAUAAACAAAUGGAAUCCUGAGAGGGAUGAAAUCAAGCCCAGGGCACUGAUUACACAACUAAAUUCGAACGAAUUAAAAAAAAUUGAAUUCUUAAUUCUGUAUAAUUCAGAUAAAUUUUGUUAAUUCGGUACCUAACUUAAAAAAGAAUUCUGUCUGAUUCGGCAGGAAAACCAUAAUUUAUCCAAAUUGAAACGAAUUUAAAUAAUUCUAUUCGGCUUAAUUCGAAAAUAAUUCUCAAAUAUUCACAGUAAAAAAUAUUGUGUUAAAAUCAACACGAUCUGUGUGUUCGAAACGG